AUGAAUAAACAACAUGUCACUCUGUUGGUCUUCCUGGACCUCAGCGUUGCAUUUGAUACGGUGGACCAUGACAUAUUGUUGGGGCGUCUUAAAUAUAAGUUUGGGAUUUGUAAUAAUGCGCUUGCUUGGUUUCGAUCAUAUUUAGUGAACAGAUCCCAUCGUGUAGUUAUAGAAAACGUAAUGUCGGACAGUUUUGAUAUGAAGUAUGGUGUGCCUCAAGGGUCUUGUUUAGGCCCAUUGUUGUUUAUCCUGUACACAAGCAAACUGUUCGAUGUCAUCUACCAUCAUUUGCCCACCGUGCAUUGCUUUGCUGACGAUACGGAGUUAUAUCUCGCAUUUAACCCAAGUAGCGAUAAUGCUCAGGAUGCUGCCAUCUUAGCUAUGGAGAAUUGCCUACGAGACAUCCGGAACUGGAUGAUUACUGAUAGGUUGAUGAUAAAUGAUGAAAAAAUGAAAUUUAUGUUGAUUGGAACAAAAGCUAAGCUCGGUAAAGUCAAGAACAUUACUCUAACUAUUGGUGAAUCUGUGAUUUCACCAUCUGAAGAACCUAUCAGGAACUUGGGCGCUUG